GGCAACGGGAGAAGCGAACGUGCUGGUUCGUGGGCCUUGCCUCUCCGCGGAUAAAUUUCCUUUUAGCCAAGUACGCCGAAACUCGCGUUCAAAGUGGCUAAGAGCGUAAGUCCUCGUCGGGUGCACCAAGAGUGCUCGAGCGGCGGGGAGGUGCAGGUACAGGUGCAGCAGGAGAGACGUGCACCGAGGCGCAUGCCUUACCUGGGGCCUGAUAUGACAACCCGGCUGUCCGCCAUGUUUUACACGGUCGAAGUCGGGGACACCAGAUUCACCAUUCUCAAGCGGUACCAGAACCUGAAGCCGAUCGGUUCCGGCGCACAAGGAAUCGUUUGCGCGGCGUACGACACGGUGACCGCGCAGAAUGUGGCGAUCAAGAAGCUUUCCAGACCGUUUCAGAACGUCACGCACGCGAAGAGGGCCUACAGGGAGUUCAAGCUGAUGAAACUGGUCAAUCAUAAAAACAUAAUCGGUCUUCUGAACGCGUUCACUCCGCAACGAUCGUUGGACGAGUUUCAAGACGUUUACUUGGUGAUGGAACUUAUGGACGCGAACCUGUGCCAGGUAAUCCAGAUGGAUCUGGAUCACGAGCGCAUGUCUUACCUUCUCUACCAAAUGCUCUGCGGCAUCAAGCACUUACAUUCGGCCGGAAUCAUUCACAGGGAUUUGAAGCCGAGCAAUAUCGUGGUAAAAUCCGACUGCACGUUGAAGAUUCUCGAUUUCGGUUUGGCCAGGACCGCCGGCACCACCUUCAUGAUGACGCCGUACGUGGUGACGCGGUACUACAGAGCGCCGGAGGUGAUCCUGGGAAUGGGUUACAAGGAAAACGUGGACAUUUGGUCGGUUGGAUGUAUCAUGGGCGAGAUGAUUCGAGGCGGCGUACUGUUUCCCGGCACCGACCACAUCGAUCAGUGGAACAAGAUAAUCGAACAACUGGGAACGCCGGCACAAGAGUUUAUGCAGCGGCUACAACCGACGGUAAGGAAUUACGUGGAGAACAGGCCACGAUACCCGGGAUAUCCUUUCGACAGGUUAUUUCCGGACGUGUUGUUUCCCUCGGACUCCUCGGAACACAACAGAUUAAAAGUGUUCCUUGCAUUUCUUUUUUCUCUGUUGCGUUCCAGCCAGCCAAGCCAGGGAUCUAUUGUCGCGCAUGCUCGUGAUCGAUCCCGAGCGACGCAUCUCCGUCGACGACGCUUUGCUGCACAAUUACAUAAACGUGUGGUACGACGAGGGCGAAGUGAAUGCCCCUGCACCGGGUCCGUACGACCACAGCGUGGACGAGAGGGAACACACGGUGGACCAGUGGAAGGAGCUGAUCUAUCAGGAGGUGAUGGAGUACGAGACGAGUCACAAUCCCGCGACGGUGGCACAGACGUCCGAGAGCGGCGGCUCUCGGUAGACACGGAGUAACCUUGCCAGCAUUCUCCUCGAGGACGUACCUAUACUGUCCGAUUUCUCGUACACCCGUAUCCGCGAUGCAAAGGAGGGAAAAACCGACGAAUAGAAACCGUUCACGUCCAUGGGAGAGACGUACGUUAGACGAAGCGCCGUUUUCGUUCGAGACGAAGAUGGGCGAGGCAGACGAGAGGACCGCGAAACGACUGAAACUAGAGAGAAUCGGAAAAUGAUAUAAGAAUAGGAGAUUGAUUCGAAACAGAGCGAGAGCGAGAGAGUGCGAGAGAUGGAGGGCGAAAUAAGAGAAUGUCGAUGAGAGAGAGUACGAAAGACAGAAUGAGAAAGAGAGGAGGUGGCGCCGUUCCGUUGGUUUUUCUUUUUUUUUUUUUUUUUCGAGAAGCGGAAAAACCGACAUCGAGGGAGUACGCGAGCCACGCUUGGAAGAAUACCUCGCUCCGAAGAUGCCGUCUAAACGCGUGCGUACGAGGCAUAACGAGCGCGCGUUACGAAAACCUACGCUGCUGUAUCCCCGUAACCAAAGCACAGACAGACGCGGUACCGCGAUGUUCGUCGUUGUUUUCGCUCGGUCUUCUUGCUCCUCCUUCCGAAAUGUUUUUCCUCCGUACAGGAAACGCGCAUUCGUUCGCAACGAACGUUCCCCGCUUACACACGAUCGAGCUUAAUAGAAAUUUGCAACGCGUCGUCGAUCGACUUCGCUCGUAAACACGUACACGCACGCAUACACACACAUACACGUACACGGAGCGAGAGUGAGCGCGAGAGAGAGAGAGAGAGAGAGUGUGUGCGAGAGAGAGAGAGAGAACGAAAACGAUAUAACGAAGAUAUAUCUUUCCUUUUUUUUUUAAUAAAAAGAAAAUA